AUGGAUGUGUCUGUUCACAACUCUUAUGCUCAGGUAAUCCUGGACCGCUUGAUUACCCUUGCGAACCAGCAGAUCAGCCUAGCAUGGAGUUUCAAGGGAAACCUCAAAAAGCUCCACCAAAGCUUAACAAUGACUCAAGCUCUGUUAUGUGAAGCUGAGAAUCGAAGAAUAACAUCAGAACCCUUGAAAGUGUGGCUAGAGCCUCUCAAUGCUGUGACCAGCGAUGCCGAGAAUCUGCUGGAUGAGUUGAAGCACGAGGACAAUCAAAGGAAGUGUGAGGUACAAAACCGAAUGAGAAAUAUGGUACGUGGAUUCUUCUCCCUCGAAAAAAAUCACAUCGCAAUUGGUCUCAUGAUGGCUAACAAGGUCAACACUAUCAACCUGUUAGAUGAUAUUUGCAAUAGCGCAAAAGCCAUUGGACUUACACCAGCAGAUGACCUCAUAGGCACUAGGGGCGUUGAACCUAGGGAAUUCAGGCGGACUGUACCCUAUAUUGAUGAUUUGAUAGUUGUGGGGAGGGAUGUUGAUGUCUCGAAAGUGAUAGGCAUGUUGCUCCGUUCUGAUGUGGAAGAAGAUUUAUCUGUCAUUGCCAUUGUAGGAAUGGCUGGGUUAGGGAAAACAACCCUUGCUCAGCUAGUUUACAAUCAUGAGGAGGUUGUGAGAAAUUUCGGGGAUGAGAGAAUGUGGAUUUGUGUGUCUGAUAAUUUCAAAUUUGAAAGGUUGUUGAAUGUGAUGAUUGAAUCUCUUAUUGGAAACAAAUCAGAGAUACAAAACAUUCAAGGACUAGUGAAAAAGCUUAGAGAAAAAAUAAAUGGCAAAAAGUAUUUGCUAGUGUUAGAUGAUGUUUUGAAUAGAAGUGAAAGCGAAUGGGAGUGCAUGAGAAAUUCUUUGCAAGGAACCAGUGGCUCCAAGGGUAGCAAAAUUAUAGUCACAAACCGCGACAUGGAUGUAGUAUCAACCAUGCAAAAAAUAUCUCCGUCUUACUCAUUGUUUGCCCGGACUACCACUUAA